CACACUAAACUUAGCUUCCUGGCUCGAUAACUACUGCUGCCACCCCAGCCCAGCCGCCACCUGCCUGGGAGGACACUGCCCCGAGCACCCACCCCUCCGUGACCACCAUGUCCCAGACCAAAGCACUGAAGGUCCGUGUGACCCUCUUCUGCAUCCUGGUGGGUAUUGCACUGGCCUUGGUGGCCGUGGUGACCGACCACUGGGCCGUGCUGAGCCCCCACGUGGAGCACCUCAAUGCCACCUGCGAGGCGGCCCACUUUGGCCUCUGGCGGAUUUGCACCAAGCGGAUCUUCGUCGGCCACAGCAAGGACAAGAGCUGCGGACCCAUCACCCUGCCUGGGGAGAAAAACUGUUCCUACUUCAGGCAUUUCAACCCAGGCGAGAGCUCGGAGAUCUUUGAAGUCACCACUCAGAAAGGUGAGCCCGUGGUGGAGAGCAGGGAGGGGGAGGAAAAGUGGCUUCCGUCACACGCUGCUGAGCCAGAAAAUCAUCUAGCACAAAAGCCCCAACCAGAUGCAGUGAAGGCUUCUGGGGGGGUGGGGGGAGUGGGCGGGGGGGGAGGCAAAGGCCGCGGGGGCUUGCAGCAUGGAGUGCAGGGCCCUAAGAGUCCGGCUCUGCCCUCAGGUCUCUGCAUCUUCGUCUCAGUGGAGGUCAUGCGUCAGUCGGUGAAGCGCAUGAUCGACAGCGAGGACACUGUCUGGAUCGAGUACUCUUACUCCUGGUCCUUCGCCUGCGCCUGCGCCGCCUUCGUCCUCCUCUUCCUCGGCGGCCUCGCCCUCCUGCUCUUCUCCCUGCCGCGAAUGCCCCAGAACCCCUGGGAGUCCUGCAUGGAUGCCGAGCCCGAGCACUAGCCCCCCAGGGGACCCAGAGACCCUCGAGGCUUUCCCCUCAGGAUGCUGAGCCCAGCCCGGAACAUUCUAGAAAGGAGGUGGGAGCUUUACUUCUCCCCUGUUCCCACCUGCCCCUCUGUGACAACCGCAGCUGCUUCCCUUCUCUGAACUCCUCUCUGGGCUGGGACAGGCUCCUCUGUGAAUCCAGCAGGUGGACAUGAGCCAGACCUGACCAAGGUGGGAGGGAGGCAGGGCCAGGGGGUACACAGGUGUUUUGAGAAUCCUGACCUUCCACUGGAGUGCCAGGUUGUCCCCACCGGGCCAGUUGUCCUUGAUAAGCCAGCUCCGAUUGUCCUCUGUAGCCUUAGAGGCAUGCCCUGUGCAUAUGUACCAGUCCUGGGUGUCUGCCUGUGUAAAUAGCCAGCCCCUCUCUCCUUCUCAGUGACAAGAUGCACCCUUCCCGGUGACCUGAAUGUCCGCUCUUUGGCUUCUGGGAGACUUGAGAAGUAUUUUUUAACUAGGUGGAAUCUUACUGUGGUUUGAAAUAAAAACUGUUUGAAAA